AUGACAGUGUAUGAAAAAGAAGAGGAUGAGUAUUACGAAGACGUGUAUUAUGGAGAUGGCUAUUGGGGGGACGAUGGUUUCUAUUACGUGUACGACUAUGAAACUAAAAGGUAUUACCAAGGGGAACCUCCAGAAGACGACAUUUAUAGAAGUGAAAGUGUUGGAGAAACACAACACGAAGAAGGCCAAUAUAACGAGAAAGUAAUUGUCGAAGAGGCCGAUAUAGUCGAAGAGAAACAACCAGCUCAAAUUGUUGAAAAACAAGAAGCUCCAAUAGAAGAGAAUGUUCCACUGCAAGAUACUAAAGAAGUUAAAGACGAAAUUAUUGAAGAAAAACCACAAGUAAAUGUUAAUGAGAAUCACAGCAUUUCCAUCUUAAAACCAGUGGAGAAAAAGACCGAAAAGAAGAUAGAAAAACCAGUGGAAAACCCAAUGGAAAGUGCUCCAUUCGUCAAAUUGAGAAAAGUCGAGAAACAAAAACCCGUUGAAACGCCACAAGAAGAAAUACCAAAAGAGGAAGGGGCUCCUUUUGUUAAGUUGAGGAAAGUAGAAAAGAAAGAAGAGUCUCCAAUGAAAAAAGAAGUCACCGCUGUUGAAGAGAAAAAAGAGGAAGUAAAAGUACCUCCAAAAGUUAAAGAAAAGGAAAAAACUCUUCAAAAUUCACCACAAAAAGAGCUUAAAACACCCGAACAACCAAAAGAAAAAAUCAAAACUGAAGAACCAAAAAUUGAAGAACUUAAUCAAAAAGCAGCUGAAAAUGUGUCUGAAAGUACGAUUGAGACUAUAAAAGAAAAUGAAGUGGAAAAGGUUGUUGAAAAAGAAGAAAAAAUAAAAGAAGCAGUCAAAGAAGAAAAUAGUGCCGUCUUACAAGAAGUGAAAGAAGUCCAAGAAACUGUUGUUGAAUCAAAAUCAGAAGAAAAAGAAAAGGUAGUUGAAGCAACACCAGUGGAAGGAUCUUUAGAGACAAAGCCUGAACUUGUUGAAUCAAAGAAAGAAGAAAUAAAAGAAGAAAAGAAAAAUGAUGUGGUUGAUAAUUUGGUUGAUGCGCUGUUAGUAGACGAACAAUUUGUCCCAAAGUCUGGAUUUGAUGAUUUACCAAAAGAAGAAACAAAAAUAGUCGAAGCACCAAAAGAAGAGAAAAAAGAAGAAGAACCGACAGAACCAAAACCUGAAGGAAAAGAAGCUUCAGAUGAGGCUCAAACAGAGGGAGUGACACAAGAGGUGAAAGAAGAGGAACCUCCAAAGGUCGAACCACCACGGAUUUCUGUCAACGACUUGUGUGAAGGUGCUGUCACACGGCCAUCUGUUGCACGACGACCCGGUCGUGGGGGUAAAGGAAGAAAAGCUGCUUCGAAGAAUUUGAUAGACACGCACAAAGCGAUGCGGACGGAGACAAACGACAAAGACGAAGAGAAGAAUGGCGUUCCCAAACUGGCUAAAAGUACUGUUGAGUCUGUGAGUGAAGAAGACACUCAAAUCAAACCGAAGAAACCGAUGGGGAUAUCUAUGGGUGGUGGGAUGAUGGGGAUGCCUGCAAUCACAUUAGCCGACCUACAAAAGGGUAAACAACACAAACAACCCAAACCUGCUUUAUCACCACGUAAAGCAGUUGAGAUGCGUAAAAAGGAGGAAGAAAAGAAAGAAGAGAAGAAGAAGAACAGUGGAGGACUUUUAGGGUUCUUAAAGAAAGAGGAGAAAAAAGAGGAGAAGAAGGAAGAACCCAAGAAAGAAGUCAAAAAAGCGACGAAAGAAGUGAAGAAAGAGAUCAAAGAACCAAUUAAGGAACAAAAAGAAAACAGUAAUACUCUACCUUUCCAAGUCAAGCUGCGUACUAGUGGAUCCGGUCCUAAGACUACACCACCAGUACCAGCCCAACAACCAUCAACACAACAUGUACAAAGAAAUUCAUUGGGGAACGCAUCAAGUGCACUUCACCCAGUCGGUGGAUCUAGCACAUUGAAGAAAGGAAAUUUAACUGGUCCACAAAGUUCACCAACACCAUCGGGAAGCUCAUCGACGUCGCCAUUUUCAGUGAAAUUGAAAUCGUCGUCCUCAAAGACGGUAGUGAAGUCGACUAGUCCUAAAGUGGAAGAAGAAGGAGAGACGGAGUUGCAGAAGAAACUCAGGCUUAGAAGAGGAAAUUAA